AUGGCGUUACUCGUCCUCGUGAAAUCGUAUGGGGUUGUGGAUACUACGAGUACUGCUGCGGUUAUGAGUGCUGUAGAGGUGGCGGUGCUGGUGCCAUCGGUUACGGUGCCUCUGUGGGGUGGGCGUUCGCUCUUGUCUAUAUCGCUCGAGCUUACCUCGUGUGAUAAUCGCCGAAACUCUAAUGCGAGUAACGGUUUGCGGUGCCAACGAAACGUGUAUAUUGAUGUAUUUACUACAUAG